CAUUAGUCCCCAUAUAUUAUACAUUAUCUUAUCUGUAAAACUGUCGGCUGGGGUCAAAAUCACAUGGAAGCCAAUACGAAACUCAACCUUAUUGGAAUGUGUUAUUAGUUUACUCGCUAUCAGUGUUAAAGGGUUUUAAUAAAAAUGAUAUUGGUGACGUUGCAUUUACAUUUUGAUUUUUAAUCCAGCUUCAAAGAUGGUUCUGGUUCUUAACGGAGUCCUACAGGAAAAAUGUCCAGCGGACACACAAUCUCUAUACCACACGCACCCUGUUUACCGGGACACCGCAGGGCAACUACUAAACAUCCCUAACAAGGUUAUUGGACCUGUUGGAUUACUGUAUGUACAACAAAGGGAACUGGCCGCCACCGGGCCCCACGACAAGAGCAUCAGCAUACUGGGCUCGGACGAUGCCACUACUUGCCUUAUUGUUGUAGUCAGACACUCUGGGUCAGGGGCAGUGGCUCUGGCCCACUUAGACGGAUGUGGCACAGAUGAGGCUGUUUGUACCAUGGUUCAGAGAGUCCAUGAGCUUGCGAUUGGAUAUCCAGAGGGUCGGAUUGAGUUGCAACUGGUGGGAGGCUUCUCCGACGCCCGCAACUACUCCGAAGAACUGUUCUUCAACGUGAUGAACUCUUUCCACAAGCAUCCGAUGGAAAUCGAUCUAACAUUGGCUUGCGUCGGCGAACUGAACACCACCAUCAGGGGCUCGAUUCACUGGCCCAUCGUCUACGGUAUCGGCGUGAACGUUAAGACCGGAGAGAUCUUUCCGGCCACGUUCCCGGACAAGGGACCGGAUCACUCUCUCAGAUGCGCCAGGCAUUUGACAGGUUGCGAUCCAAGGGUAUUGGACAUUUAUGAUUAUAACAUGGGCAUGCUGCGCAUAGGACCAUUCAAUUAUGAGCCGCUGCGUGGUGUCGAUUUGUGGCUGGAACAGUCUGAUGAGUUUAUAUUGCAGCAUUUGAGUACGUCACCGGAAGUGGAGCCGCCGCAUUUCGUCAUGCAGAUUCGUACAACUCUCAAAUACAUACAGGACAAUCCGUUCCCUGCUGUCACCGUUUUCCGUGAUAAUCGUCCACAUUAUUUUCGCAGAGAUGAACAUUCUGGAAUCUGGAUACCGGUGAGAUUUUGAUGACUGAAGAUUUUUAUUGUUUAUUGUUUUUAUCCUGAAGAUGUAACACUAUUUUUUAUAUAUUUAACAGGAUCGCUCCACAGCCUAGUAACAGUUAUAUUUAUGUAAAUACCAGAAUAUUAUCUAUAAAUUAUAUAUUUUUAUAUAUAUUAAAUUACAAAAUUCUAAUUUAAUGUACAAUUUUAUAUUUUAUUUUAAAUUUUACUUAAAGCACAAAACAA